UUUACCCCCAACAAUUAUCCAAAUGACGUCAUCCCAUCAAAACAACAACAACAAUGACCAAAUACAACUGAUUCCCACGCCCCAACCUGAACCAGCACCAAUCAACAAAAUUAACAUCAACCAAACACAGAUAAUUCCCACGCCCCAGUCAGUACCUAUGAUGAUCGACAAUCAAAACACAACUGACCCCCGGCUGAGCCCCCUUAACAACCUGGUAGCCUCUUCGACCCCGGAAGGUACCCCAGAUGAACCCCAAAACAACCCAGCAGACCUCAACCCCGAGAACAUGGAUACACAAUCCAAUACCACAGUCAAAUCCCUUCCAGCAAGAAAUCAUAUAGCAAUGCACUUACCUCCAACUUAUCCAAACACUCACUCCAAAAUAACAAAUAG